UGAGACUGCUGAUUACUCUUCCUAUCCAUCUUUUGCCCUCAGGGAGCACCUGGGCCUAUGACUUGAACGUUUCCAUCAGGCAAAUGAUCCGAUUCCAUACUCUACGCUGUUUCUGCCCCUCUGCUUGACCCCUCCAGGGGGUGACCCAAGUCACUUCCCCAUGUGGACUUUGGCCCAGUUUUAGAGCUUUUCCUGCUCCGUUUCCUGAUUGGCCGUUUAGGCAAUGGGCAGUCCCUUCUCUCUCUCUCGCUCUCGCUCUCGCUCUCGCCGGAGGAGGCGGCGAUGGCGGCCGGGGCGCCCGUGCUGGACCUGCUGGAAGAAGCCACCUGCCCCAUUUGCCUGGAGUACUUCCAGGACCCCGUGCUCAUCCCGGAGUGUGGCCACAACUUCUGCCGCAGCUGCUUGACCCGCAGUUGGGGGGAAUCGCCGUCGGAGGCUUCCUGCCCCCAGUGCAGACGGACCUUCGUGCCCGGGAACAUCCUCGCGAACAGGCAGCUGGCGCGUGUGGUGGAGAUCGCCCAGCGCUGCGACCCUGAGAGUGAGGAAGGAGGGGGCUUCUGCAGGGCGCACCAGGAGCCCCUCAAGCUCUUCUGUCAACACCACAAGACCCUCAUCUGCCGGGUCUGCGAGCGAUCCCGAGAGCACAGGGACCACCGGGUGAUUCCUCUGGAGGAGGCUUUCCAGGAGUAUCAGAUCCAGGUUGGGGAUUGCCUGAAGGCUCAGAAGGAGGAGAAAGAAAAAAUUCUUACAUACAGAAGAGAAACAGAACAAAAAAUGCAGGAGAUGCUUGACUUAAUCAAAAGAAAGAGAAAAAACACAGUGGCUGAGUUCAGAGAACUACGACGCUGGUUGGAAGAACAGGAGAAGCUUCUGCUGGCCAGAAUGGAAGAGACGGAGAAGGAGAUUGUGUCAAGAAGGGACAGGCGUCUGGGCAAACACGUGAAGAAACCCUCCUCUCUUGAGGAUCUCAUCCAGGAGAUGGAGGAGAAGUAUCAGCAGCCAUCUCGCAAACUCUUACGGGACAUUGGAAGCAUCUUGAAG